AUGACUCAUCGCACUAAAGACAAAUUCGACUCUAAAUGGGAUGGACUAUACGUUGUUCGAGAAGUCUACACGAAUGACGCGUACAAACUGGUGGAUAAAGAUGGCAUAAAAGUUGGUCCUAUAAAUGGAAAAUUCAUGAACCACUGGGUAUAUAGGUGGAGAAACCCCAAGUGUAACGGGGCAUUACCACCAGGUUCGAUGGGACUACCAAUUAUAGGAGAAACAAUUCAGUACUUCACCCCUUCUGCAAAAGAUGAUGUUCCACAAUUCUUGCAAAAAAGAGUGUCUAGGUACGGGCCAAUUUUUCGCACGAGUUUAGUUGGGCAGCCAGUCAUUGUAUCAACUGAUCCUGAAGUCAACUACCGUGUCUUCCAGCAAGAAGGUAAUGCUUUCCAGUGCUCGUAUACUGAGAGUGUCUUCCGGAUAAUUGGGAAACAAAGUUUAGUUGUCCAUCAUGGAGAGUUCCACAAGUACCUCAAGAACUUAAUCUUGAAGCUUGUUAGCCCCGAAGCCUUAAGAGAGAAGCUAAUAUAUGAAAUGGAUGGCAACACUCAAAAAUGUCUAAGUUCUUGGAGUAAACUUGGAAAAAUAGAUGCUAAAGAUGGAACUGCGGAGUUGGUAUUUAAGCUUGCUGCCAAGAAGAUACUUGACUAUGAAGAAAGCAAGGCUCAGAAAAAAUUGCGAGACAGUUAUAAGGCAUUCAUGGAUGGCUUUAUCUCAUUUCCUCUCAACAUCCCUGGAACAGCAUUCCAUGCUUGCUUACAAGGACGUAAGAAAGCAAUGAAGGUCAUCAAGAACACCUUUGAGAUGAGGCGCUCAUGCAAUGACGCUACGAAAGUCUUUGUGGACCAUUUACUUAAGGAAGUAGAGAAAGAAGACACUUUUUUGAAUGAAGAAAUUGCGAUGGACUUGGUAUUUUUGCUUCUAUUUGCUUCCCAUGAGACAACUUCAACUGCAAUGACUUUGGCCAUGAGGUUUCUAAAUGACCAUCCAGCAGUUUUAGCUGAACUAAAGAGAGAGCAUGAAAAUAUUCUUAAAAUGCGAGAAACUGAAGAUUCUGGUGUUUCAUGGAAAGAGUACAAGUCCAUGAUUUUCACGCACAUGGUUAUAAAUGAAACAGUUAGGCUUGCAAAUAUUGCCCCUGGGAUUUUUCGCAAAGUGGUCAAGGAAGUUGAAAUAAAAGUUCUGACUAAUAAGUACGAAUGA